CAUAAUUUAGUAGAUGCAGUUCUGUAAACCUUUUGUGUCCCUUUGAAACAGUUCUAAGUAAAACCACACCUUUUAUUUGCCUUCACAUCCCAUCAAAUUCCUUAUAGUUGCUGUUCCCAGCGGAAAGACUCUGGCAAGUAAGCCACGAGCCCACGGUCGAAAUCCAACCCGUCAUUACAUCCACACUGCUUUGUAUUCAUUGCUUGUUUUAUUCUUAAGUAAGAAGAGCUUCUGGCAUGUAGUUCUGCCAAUGCAGUUGCUGUUCUUAGCAAGGGGUCUCUGGCAUGUGGUUCUGAUAUACUGAGCCGCCUCAUAAGCCAGCCCUUUUUUAUCAUAUUCAAACCGCCUCGAAAUUAUUACAGUUACUACUCCACGCAGGAAGAAAGAGAGCCUCUUGUCCUGUGGUCUUGUUAUUCUCAGUCGUUUGAAAAUUAUCUCUUCUGCUUGUCUUCACAGGCCUUUGAGGGGAUUCCAAUUCAAUGCAGUUGCCAUUAUCACCAGCUAGAGUCUGUGGCACGUGGUCUGGCUGUUAAGCAUGGUCACCCACAAACCAACUCUAUUACUUACCUUCACUUAAUGUUUUGAAUUCACUUCAGUUGCUGUUUUGGUUCUGAGCGAGUUACUUCCUCGGAUUUGUUCCAGUUGCUCCUUUCAUCAAACACCUAUCACACCCAUCAUACCACUCAUCCGCUUUCAUCUAUUCAAGUCAUACUCGGCCUUCCGUAUUCUAUCCAUGCAUUAAACCCCCUCGAUCUUUGAACUGGAUUAGAUCUCCGUCAAUAUGGCUCCUAAUUCGGGUGACGGGUCGCCAUUCAAUGGUCGUGAGGCCAUCAAAGGGUUUCCGCACAAUAGCGAAGGUAUUCUCCACUACGCUGACGACUCGACUAUUCAGCAACCUGCUUCGGUCACAAAGAGCAGCAGGAAUAUCUUCAAGAAUCUCUUCAAGGGGUCGGGUAAGCCAGACAAAACUGGCAAAUCAGUUAAUGCCGACGUCAAGAAGCCAGGCUUCUGGACGUUUCCUGACCACCUCCCGCCACCGACGCCGGAGCAGAUUUUUCAAAUCAUGCAUGCCUCACCAGAGCACCUUGCUAAAGUAGCUGCUGAAAAAGAGAAACAAGAUGCUAAGAAGGCGAAAGAACAGGCGGCUGCACUCAAACAGCAAGGGAAGGUAUCAAAUCCGGGCAACCGGGAAGACAACAACCACUCAACUGAUUCGGUGAUCAUCUCACCGCCUACUAAUAUGAAAUGGUCAUUCGACGGAAAGUCCAUUAUAACUUACAAGGAGCCUGGCAAUAAUCACUUUAACCCCGAACAAACUGCCAUCCCACAUGGGGCCUACCAAAGAGAAAUGGUGCCCGGAACGUGGAACGAAUCUUCUGGGUCUAUCAGCGGACCAGCAGUUUGGACGGAUGUGCAAGAGGUUGGCGACUUUAGGUCGUCCUUCUCCGAUGACUAUCCACUCCAGCAUGUUCACGAGCCUCGAUCUGGACCACCGCAAUCGCGUCCGAUUGAUAUGCGGCUUCUUCGGACUGUAUACGAGAUUGCAGAGGCGGCAUACCUACCAGACCUCAGAAACAAGCAUGAAUGGAUCUCGUAUUUAGAACAACUCCGCGCGGGUCUAAUUAGUAACUCGAACCCUCCCAAGCCUCCCGUCAUGGACGAGCAAUUUUCAUUUUGCCCAGCUAUGGAUCCUGUGAACGAGGAAGGAAGGAUAGCUUCAUUGUUCACCAUCGAACGUGUUUGGAGCCCUCUUCAAGAAAGCAGGGCGAAAGAUCUUGUGCAAGCCUCGAAGGAAGAAUUCGCAGUCACGGGGGUAUCUAUCAGCCUAAUCGACAACAGCAAUGAGAUUCUCAAGGCCGAAUCUACCUAUAAUUGCCGAAUGAUAAAGCGAUCGGUGAGCAUUGCAGCUCAUGCUCUCUUGACCGCCGAAGUCUUGGUAAUCCUUGACACCACAAAGGACUGGAGAUUUGCCAAAAAUCCGCUGGUUGUAAAUGAGCCAUACAUCAGAUUCUUUGCUGGAGCACCCAUUCUUUCCAAGAACGGUGAAGCUGUUGGAGUCUUCGCCAUCUUCGGGCGCGCGCCGAGAGAUUCUUUCCCGGCGCUGCAGCGACACAACCUGGCCGAAUAUGCGGCCGUGUGUGCAGUCGAGCUCAAUACAGUUCUGGAGAAAUCGUUUUCUGAGCAAAGCCUCCACUCACGUCAAUCGGAAGCUAUUACUGAGGUAUGGGAUCCGACUUGCCUCGAGGGUGAACCACCAGCUAGACCUAGAAGUCUCUGGAUGCACGAAGAGACCCAUCGCUUGCUCUGUGGAGAGCCAAGAGAGGAUGAAGAAGAGAUUAAAUACCCUGCUACUUUCGAAGAGCUUAUGGCGGGAUUUGCUACUGAAUCAGAGGACGACGACACGGCACGUGACUCUGAAGAACAGCUCCUCGCGCCGUACAUGAAUGGAGCCCAUGCCAAUGUCACAUAUUAUUCUGUUGAUGUGAACUCGAGUACUCCAGCAAAGGAGAUAGAUGCUGUGAAAUCGGAUUAUGCGCUUCUUGGAAGCGAUAACGAGGGGCCAGACUCCCCCCUUGGAGGACGAUCCGCUAGGGGUUCAGAUUCUCCCCCUUCAGAGGGUUUCGUUUGGAGACCAGACUCUCCCACCUCGCGGGGUCUCACUCGGGAACUAAAGUCUCCUCUCCUGGCUGGUUAUCCGGCGAGGCCAUAUUCUCCAAUAAUGAGGACCUGCACGCCGAGACCGUACUCUGGCUCUGAUCUAACUUCUGCGGCAGGGGAACCCCACCCGAAUACACCAGAGCGCGGAUUUGAUGAAACCCGCCCGAAUACACCACAGCGCGAAUUCGAUGAGCAACGGGCUCCACCGCUCAGUGUGCAAGAGGUCCUUGACGGUGCAUUUUCAGCUCUGCGAAUCGAAUAUCCCGAUGCACCUAUCCGUAGGCAGAGAAAGAAGUCAAUCCGCAGCAUUUCGCAGCAUGAGGCGGAAAUCAAGAGGCUUCAGAUCGAGAGUGAUAUUCGUGCAGCUCACAUUCAAGCGACAAAGAUUGAUAGCUCCAGUUCAACCGUCGCUACUGGAAGCUUCAAUACCUCCGGGGGAUCAUCGACCCAAGCAACAACUCCUCCUACUUCGUUCAACACUCGGAUGUCUACUCUGGAGUUUGUGGAUACCCACCGGCGCCCACAAGCUGAUGCUGCUGCAAAGUCUGUUGCUCUUAACCUGAAAUUCGACAGAGUAUACGUCGCUGAGCUUUUUCCCACCAGCGAUUUCAUGACGCUAGGCGGAGUGGCUAUUACUGGUAUGGGUGUGAGGAUACUAGCAUCUCACAAUUGUCCGCCUGAUAUGAUCCUCGAUACGGACUUUCAUCUGCAGGUCGUCCGCAGCCCGCUCGGUGCCAUGAGAUGGCACGAUAAGGAUGCCCUUCCUGGAGCUACAGACAAAGGUCUUUUAAUCCGUCUUCAUUCCAAGGGUCCUUAUGGUAGUCAAUCAGGCGUCCACACUGGGGGCAUUGUAUAUGGUGCAGUCCAUCUGGCGCAGUCGCAGGGUGGGGAUGAUGCUGGGAUCACCCACGAGGAGCAGGCUACAAUCUUUGGCGGGGCCAGUGCAAUGAGUGCAAUCUUAUUCGAUAAAAACGAUAAGAGAGGGCGCAAGGACAGCCCAUGUGUCAAUUGCAACACUCAUUCCCAUGCGGGCACUCAUACUACGCCUGUUGCAGCGGCCAAGGCCGGAGGGGCUGGACCUGAGCGCUCCAUUUUUUCUUCAGCAAUUGAGGCUCCAAAGGCUAAAGACGCUGGACCUGAGCAGCCCGAUCCUGUCUCGGCAUUCGAAGCUGAAUACGAACAGUCUAAAUACGCUAUAAGUAAGGAGAGUAUGAAAGAGGCUUCCAAGGCUGUGGCGGAGAUUAUGAAAUUCGAUAUAGAGGAGAUCUUGUCCCCUCAAUGGUAAUAUUCGAUGUCGGCGUAUAUAUACCUCCCAGAAUCAAUGGGGGUAUUUCGUUUCGAGCGACUAUACCGACUUAUACCACCGGAAUUCGCAUUGUGUUCAACUGGACAUACUUUCAUUGGCAGUUUGUCAAGAUGCAAACUUGCUGGGGGUUUUACUUGUUUGGCUACUUCGGUGUAAUGGGCCGAGAAUCAUGCUGCUAUGUUUGCUACCGGACAGCAGCAACUGGGUGCAAGUUUACUGCGCCGCCAAUGACCCAUUCAUACAUCGCCGGAAAUUCACUUGUACAGAUUACAACUUUGCUUUCACUUUCUCAUUCUUCAUCGGCGGAAAUUCACUUGUACAGAUCACAACUUUGCUUUCAUUUUCUCAGUCUUUCUUUACUUUACAUGGUUUAUGAUUCAUGGCUCACGGUUCAUGGUUCACGGUUUAUGCUUCAUGGUUUAUGCUUCAUGGUUUAUGCUUCAUGGUUUAUGGCUUGUGGCCUACGGCUUAUGGUUUAUGGUUUGCGGUGCAUGGUUCUUGAUUCAUCUUUUGUUCUUUCGUUCAAGGAAAUGCCUUUAUUAUGAUGUCGGGGAGGUGCUAUAGGAGUUAUAUGCGGGGAGUUAUCUGGAGAGUGUACUGGAGGGGUUCUAUAUGGAUGGUUCUGGGAGUUCCUACACGACGGAUAGACGUACAAUGGGGUACUGGCGGUAUAUAUUGCAGUGGGGGGUUAUUUGAUGGGUUACAUUGCAGUGUCUCGUCUGAAGGUCAGGAGUCACUAGGUUCAUUUGCUUUUGCAUUAUACCCGAGAUUUGAGAAGAUGGCGGAGAAGAGAUAUGGGACAGUUUGAUCGGAUGAUUAUGGAGAUGGAUGAAUAUUCGCGGAGGAGAGGAAUGUACGAUAUGAAAUUGACAAUGGGAGGAAUAUGGGAGAAUAGGAGAAUGGGGUUC